AUGGUAGCAGUAGACUACCUGCACGAAAGAUGCGGGCUGAUCCACUCCCUGUCUCCAAAAAAAGCAAUAUCCUUCGCAUGGUUGUGCAUGUUAGAUGGAAUUAUUUGGCAAGGAUCCGCCCCCUGCCAUUCAUUGGCAUUGGAGUUGUCGAGUAAGCAUGGGGUUUCUACUCCAUGCAAUGUGAUUAGACAUCAGCCAUCAUCCUCUAUAAAGAGCAGUGAUUUGGACAGGAAUUCUUGUCGCGCCAAAUUCGAACACAUCCAUCUACUUGAUCGGUCCAAAUCUGUGAACCUCUCAUAUGAAGGCAGUGGGAAAAUGGCCACUUGUACUUCGCAGGCCAAAAUUUCAUCAGAUGUCGGCAAACCUCGGGAACCUGGAAGAAAGAGCAUAGGAGCGAAUGCAGGCGUGCGACGGCUGGGGCUUCAUUAG